CCAUCGCUGCUUCGGGUUUUCGCGCUCUUCCCUUGCCGCUGCCGCCGCCUUUCGAGACUCCUCCGGGCUAAUCUCCUCUCCGCCGGGUACGUUUUAUAGGGAGGGAAAUAGACCUACUUGCUGCUUCGUCGGGAGGCACAUGGUGAUAAUUUAAAGUCAACCCAGCAACUUGAUGGACAACAACAAUUCUCUGCAACCCAGACGUAAUUCAAAAAUGGCAGAACUCUUCAUGGAAUGUGAAGAAGAAGAGCUGGAGCCAUGGCAGAAAAAAGCAAAAGAAACUGAGGAUGAAGAUGAUGAUGAACUAAUCUUUGUUGGGGAGAUCUCAAGUUCAAAGCCAGCCAUUUCAAAUAUCUUGAACAGAGGUAACUCUGGCAGCUCAUCUCAAAGGUCAAUAAAAAGUGAGUCACGUAAUCCAGGUAUUCCUGAGUUAUUCAGGUCUACAAGUCAACGUUUUGGAACACCAAGUCCAACACACUUGCCUAAAUCAAAAUCAUCUUUGCAGAGUUCUUCUGCUCAGAACCUGCCUAAACCGGAUUGUUCUAAUGAUUCGUCACAAGCUGAUUCAUAUCAUUCUUCACUGUUACUAUAUGACUUGACCCAGGAGACACCACCACAGAACCAAGUGGUACAAAUACCUCCAAAAGAUGCAGAUCAGAGUUUGUCUUCAUUAAAACGUCCUUCUAGUUCUGAAGUAAACAGUGUUAAUUUAAAAAAGCCAAAGACCAGCACAAGUGUGUCUCACACACGUACCUCAUCUUCGGCGACAUCCUCCCAGGCUGAACUGUCACAAGGUUCAAAUACCUCAGCAAGUCCCAAUGAAACUGGAACAUCUCAAAGAACUUGUCCAACAUGUAAUGCUAAAUUCAAUCUUUUGGAUCCUUUUAAAUAUCACAUGAAGCGUUGUUGUCCCGACAUGGUAAAUAACACACUGGACAAUAAUACAGAUGAACUUUUGGAUGCGACUGGUGCAGAGAAGGGAAAAUUGGUCAUGUUAGUGACGGACUUUUAUUACGGAAGACAUGAAGGAACCUGUGAAGAACAGAAGACUUACACAACCUUUAAAUGCUUCAGCUGCUUGAAAGUCCUCAAAAAUAAUAUCAGGUUUAUGAACCACAUGAAGCACCAUUUGGAACUUGAGAAGCAGAACAGUGAGAGCUGGGACAACCACACCACCUGCCAACACUGCUAUCGUCAGUACCCGACGCCCUUCCAGCUCCAGUGCCACAUUGAAAGCACACACACACCCCAUGACUUUUCUACUAUUUGCAAAAUCUGUGAAUUGUCAUUUGAAUCAGAGCAUACUCUUUUACAACAUAUGAAGGACACUCAUAAGCCUGGGGAGAUGCCAUACAUUUGCCAGGUAUGCCAGUAUAGAUCAUCCCACUUUUCUGAAGUAGAAACUCAUUUUAGAGCCGCUCAUGAAAACACUAAGAACUUGCUAUGCCCAUUUUGCCUCAAAGUGAGUAAGAUGGCAACUCCCUACAUGAAUCAUUACAUGAAGCAUCAGAAAAAAGGAAUCCAUCGUUGCUCAAAAUGCAGACUACAAUUUUUGACCUCCAAGGAGAAGGCUGAGCACAAAGUACAGCAUCGGACAUUUUUAAAGCCGAAAGAACUAGAAGGAUUGCCUCCUGGGACAAAAGUAACUAUCCGUGCUUCGUAUGCACCUGUCCCAUCAAAACCAGCCACUUCUCCUCCGAGUACUACUCCGAGCACUUCUCUUCAGGUCCCAUCUCCCAAUUCUAAAAUUAAACCUGCUAAAACUGUCACCAAAGUGAAUGUAAGGAAGUCUAAGACAAGUAAAUCUCGGGCAACUUUAUCCACUGCAAGUAAGCGCAAAGCCCGGAAGGCCAGCGGGAUAAGAGCUAAACGCAAACCCCAGGCCACUUACAACAAGCAAAAGAAGCAGCGCAACAGAGCAAAUAAACUCAGCACAGCUUUGAAGAACCUAAGGUUUCGUCGUGGAACUCACAAGUGCAUUGAGUGUCGUUGGAAAAUAAAAGAUUUUGCAAGCCACUUUUCUACGUUUGUCCACUGUAAAGUUUGCAAAUACAACACGAACUGUAACAAAGCUUUUGUGAAUCACAUGAUGAGCUCCCAUAGCAACCAUCCCAGUAAACGGUUUUACAUUUUUAAGAACAGUAUGGGAAUUCCCAGGGGCAUUACUCUCGUGUGCCUUAACUGUGACUUCCUAGUUGACGCCUCUGGCUUAGAUCUUAUGGCUAAACACUUAAGUCAACGUAAAACUCAUACUUGCCAAGUUAUAAAAGAGAGCGUUUCGGACACUGUCUCGAGAUCCAGAUCUGCUUCGGCCUCCUUGUUGAAAUAGGUUCCUGUUCCAUGGAGCUCGUGCAACCUGGUGCAAGACAAGUUGGAAUUUCCUAAGUUCACAGUUGUGAAGUGUUUUCUUACACCGAGGCAGUUAAACGGCCGCGUUCAUGACACUAGCUCUCAUUUACUCGGCUUUCAGAUGGCACUAGAUUCCUAUUCCACCUUAUAUAUCUUUGUGUCAGGUUAACAUAUCUUAACCUAUGUUUUGGGGGUUGUUUUUUUAUAUUCCC